AUGAUUACACAUUCAUCAUUUCACAAGCUUUUAUUAAGACAAGGUUUUAGGGAUGAAAUUCAAAUACCGCCUGGUUUCAUGAAAGAAAACAAGAAGAUGUUGGCCAAGACUUGCUUACUGAAAUCGAAUGUAGUUGGAAUGUCAUGGGAAACAAAUAUAGUGAGAAAAAGGUCAAAUUACUUCAUAUGUGAAAGAGAGUGGACACAAUUUGUGGUGCAUCACCAACUGCAACUAGGUGAUGUUUUGCUAUUUUUUCUCAUUCAUAAAUCCACAUUUCAAGUGCUUGCCUAUACUCAAAAAAGCCAUAGGAACAACCAGCAAUUUGAAGAACUCAGCACUUCUUCUGGAGAAAAACAGGACGUAAUUGGAAGAAACUCUAAGAGAGUUAAAACAGAGCCAACAGGAUCGUCGGGUAAUGUUGCUGAAAAGGAGGGCGUUGAGAGUGGAAACCAAGAAAAUGGUCCAAAGAAGAUUAGAUUCAGUGUGGUGAACUUAAACAGCAAUGAUCCAUACUAUGAAAUGGUUAUAAAAAAGUCACACUCAAGUUUUAUGACUAUACCAGUGGACUUCGUGAGAUGGGCUGGCCUAAUUGGCAUGAAGAAAAUGAAUCUGGAUAAUGGGAAAGGCAAGGAGUGUGAAGUGUUUAUAGAACGUAGACAAGGGUGUGUUCGCAUAACACGUGGAUGGCCUGAAUUCAAGACUCAUAACAAGAUAACCACUGGUGAGACUUAUCGCUUCAAGUUGAUUUGGGGAAAAGGUAGUGCCAAUAAUGUUUUACAGGUUCAAAAGAUCUACAAACCCCAUUCCUUGCUCUAG